AUGUACUCAACUAAAGAAUGCUGUACACAACAGAGUCACAUGAACUCAGCUAAAGAUAGAUGUACACAACAGAGUCACCUGAACUCAGGUAAAGAUAGAUGUACACAACAGAGUCACAUGGGCUCAGCUAAACAUAGAUGUACACAACAGAGUCACAUGGGCUCAACUAUAGAUAGAUGUACCCAACAGAGUCACAUGAACUCAGCUAAAGAUAGCUGUACACAACAGAGUCACAUGAGAUCAACUAUAGAGAGCUGUACACAACAGAUUCACAUGGGCUCAACUAAAGAAAGCUAUACACAACUGAGUCACAUGGGCUCAACUAAAGAUAGCUGUACACAACAGAGUCACAUGGGAUCAACUAUAGAGAGCUGUACACAACAGAUUCCCAUGGGCUCAACUAAAGAUAGCUGUACACAACAGAGUCACAUGGGAUCUACUAUAGAGAGCUGUACACAACAGAGUCACAUGGGCUCAACUAAAGAUAGCUGUACACAACAGAGUCACAUGGGCUCAACUAAAGAGAGAUGUACACAACAGAGUCACAUGGGCUCAACUAAAGAUAGCUGUACACAACAAAUUCAGGCGGAAAAGUGUAGCAGCAACUUUUUGCUCAACACUGGAUACAGAGGAAUAAGUCAAGUUAUAAUUACAAUGAUAUUGCUCGACUACCUGGUAAAACAUGAACCAAAUAGCUUGAACUAUUUGACCAGCUUGUGGUAUCUUUCUUGUUGGUUGAAAGUUUGUGGUAUAUCUCUUGUUUGUUGA